AGAAACAGAGGAAGUGGCAAAGUGUGGCUUUGUAUCAGCAAUGUUUGUAUAAAGAAUGAGGUACCUAAAUUUUAGAGGAGUUUAGCAAUUCAGCUGCCAUCUGCUAUUUCAUUUUACUGACUAAACAGAAGAACUCUGAGGAAUGAGUACUAAAAGCUUCAGAAAUGCUAUUGUACCUCUGUGCUGAUGGAGUUCAAUUCCCCAACUCAGCAUUAAGGCUUCAAAUGCCGCCAUGAAGUCAAAUCAUAAAUUUCACCAGCGCCUUUCAUAAGGGACCCCUAAAAAUCUCUGUUUUGCUACUACGUUUUCAUUACUGGAAGGCAGCAUCUGUUCAACAUUAAACACUAAGCAGUUUGCUGGCAUAAGCUGUAAUUCUGCUAUGCAGCCAUGAUUAAACUUUGCACCUUUCUGAACAGUGCAAGAACUUCUGCCCACUGCUAGCAGACAAAGGCUCAGUUUAGAUCAGUCUUUGGGAGGGAGGAUGCUCACUUCCAGUUACUCAUAGACUGGACAACAGUUAAAGAUUUGCAGAUGACAGCAAUGGGGAGCCAUCCCCUUUCCCUGUUCAUGUGGCCGAUCCCUCAUCGCCUGCGGAGCAGGCCAUUUUCUGUUCAGAGAUGGCUCAGGACAGCACCGGUGGCUGUUGGCAUUUGGUGAGCAAAUGUCUCCACACCACAGUGAGGUUUCUGAAGAAAACUGGCACUGAGCACUGGUGGCUGGAGCGGCACGUGAAGGAUCCCUUUGUCAAGGCAGCGAAGCAGCAGCAUUACCGCUGCCGAAGUGCCUUCAAGUUACUGGAAAUGGAUGACAAGCUUCAUGUUCUUUGUCCCGGGCUUUCCGUUCUUGACUGUGGAGCGGCGCCCGGUGCUUGGAGUCAGGUUGCUGUAGAGAGAGUCAAUGCCUUAGGUACCGAUCCUGCUGUCCCCACUGGCUUCGUCCUUGGUGUUGACCUCCUUCGGAUUGCUCCUCUGGAAGGAGCAGUCUUCCUGUCAGAGGCUGACAUUGCAGACCCAAACACGCUGAGGAGGAUUCAGAGUCUGCUUCCUGCAGAGAAGGUGGAUGUUAUCUUGAGCGACAUAGCACCUAAUGCAACAGGCAUCAAAGAACUGGAUCACCAGAAGCUGAUCAAUCUAUGUUUAGGGCUUCUGAAGGUAUCCCAAAGUAUUUUAAAGCCAAAAGGAACGCUGCUCUGUAAAUUCUGGGAUGGGCAUGAGUCCCGUCUUCUGCAGAACAGAUUGAAGGAGCAGUUCCAAGAUGUGAGAACUAUAAAGCCUCACGCCAGCAGGAAGGACUCUGCUGAAUCUUACUAUUUGGCAAGACUGUAUAAAGGGAAAUGAAGGCUAAGAACUGCAGAUUAUCAAACAGGUGAUCAGACACUCACUGGAAACCCAAAUCUGCUGUGUGUUUAAUGCAAAAUCCCACCAUUCAGACCCUGGGGAAAUCUGCCAUGACUGUUACAAAGUACAUCACAUACAAAAAUAACAAGGGUGGUCCCCUGCUGCCUAUAUCUGCUAAUUAUCCCAGCAGAAGCAUCCAAUCUAACUUCUCACCUGUGGAGAAAACAGUUGGGAAUGGAGAGGAGCAAUCUGAAAGGUGACCUGUGGGGCUUGGAGUAAUGGAAAUGGAAAUAAAACAGUGAUUUUAC